UGGUAAAGAUCGCAGAAUUUUAUUCAUCUGCUCAAGUCAUACUCUUCCUCUUAUUAUGCCCUUAAAAUCAAAUCAUAUGAAAAAAUUUUAGUUUAUUACCUUUGCUCUUAUUCUAGUAAAGGACUAAGGCUGGAAUAGUUGCCAGUUUCUGCAGGGUACAGCCUGCUCAUUAUGUGUUAAGGCUUGGCUUGAAAACUGAAAAUUAAAUGGUUUGGUAAAAAGGUGUUAAAUUCAGGGAACCACUGGUUGAAAACAGCUGAAGAAAAAAAUGUAUUUCAGUUUUUGUGUGGGUGAAACAAUUGUUUUUCUGUAGGUCCUAAUCUGAGAUGAUUGUGGUCACAGAAAUUUGCUGAUACUUUUGUAACCCGCGGUUUUAUUAUGGUUUAACAAUUACUAAUUAUGCAACUACGGCAUUAAUGGGAUGCCUUGUACAGCUGAAAAUGUGUAUUUAUUUUAAUUCUGACAUGGUCCUAAAGCAUAACGAUGUUUUUAAAUUAUCACAUAGUUUCAUAUUACUUUGAGCGGCUUCUAUAAAAAGUUCCCUAGUUGCAGAAACGGUAUCCCGGCCAUGUUGGAACCCAGCUGGCAGGCCGAAUCGUAUCAAGACACAACACCAUUUAUUUUCACCUGAGAGCGGAAACGGCAGUGAUGCACCAAUGAUUUGACGUCAAAGUCUGGCUCUUUAAGAAGUUUCUCAGUCCGCUUCGUGUUUCCAUUCAUGCCCGCUACGAGCGUAAGAACAGCUUAACGUCGUAUAAUGACGCGACGCCGCGUUACGUGCGACUGUCUUUGUUACAGACUCCACCUCUCUCAUGUGAACGCGCCUUAAGCCGAAUUAGAAAAUCCUGGGUUAACAAAGCUUGUCGAUAUAACGACCCGGUGACAACGGUCAUCAUUCCUCGGGUUCCGUCUCCCGGGCAACUGUUUGACAACGUGACGCAUCCCGGAUCGAACCGUGGCGCCGACCCGGCUCGGUUUCGGCAGCGUUUUUCUGCAGUAGAUUACGAUUUGAUUACUAAAUCUAGCAUUGAAACAUCUCGGAUAAGUGCGCGCGCUCGCUCCGCCGCACAGGGGAGAGCAGUCGCACGUCGAGACGCGGAUUCACAAUGAUGAUGAUGAUGAUGAACGCAGACAGAGAUUACCAGAUGAACAAAAAGCAGGAGAGGGCUCAUUUCUUCAGCUCCAAGGAGCAAGAACUUAUUUUGAAGUUGUAUGAAGAAGAGCGAGAGAUCUUAACAGCCAAAUCCAACACAACCAGCGCCUCCAAGCUGAGGGAGGAAGCCUGGCAGAGGAUUGCUGAUAAAAUAAAUGCGGUUUCAGACAGUGGCUACAAAAGAACAUGGCAGCAAGUGAAAGUCAAACACAAGAACAUCAUCCAAACAGCAAAAAGAAAAAGGGCCGAUGUGCUGAGGACCGAGGGCGGGUCGGGAAGCCCCUCUCUGACCUCAGCAGAGGAGGACGGGGUGCUCAGCAGAGAAAACACCAUGAGGGUGGAGGUCCUACCCGGGGGCGCCUGCAUCGGCCCCAUCGGCGGAUCCGACAGCUCCUUUAUGAGUGUGUCAGGCCAUCCGGUCCUCCUCCUGCCCGUCACAAAGACGGAACCAGAGAGCCUGAGCGGCGAUGAGACGGACAUCAGCGAGGCUCAUUUUGACGGGGACGUGCAGAACAGCAGUUUUCAGGAGGUCGGCAGCCCAGCAGGGGCUACAAGCAGGACCAGACGUGCUGAGAAGCAGACUGAUGAACUAAGGGCCCUUUACUGCUGUUACCUCAAAAAGGAGAUCGAGAAUCGGGACCAGGAGAUGGCCUACAGAGCACUGAAGAUGAAGAAGCUGGAAAAGGAAAUCCUGCUACUGGAUAAACAGCUGAUGUGACUGCGAGAAACAGAACUUUAGCACUAUAAUAGAUUUACUAUGUUAUUAUGAUUCAGUCUCAUCCAAGCAAUCUUAGCUGCUGAUUUUGGCCAGCAGGUGGCGUCCGAUGUCUCUCGUUCUCAUAGAGAAUGUGGAUCUCAAAAACCUUCACAAUUGUAGUCAAGUUUACAUACAAUAAGCUCAAUUUCACAUUUUUAUAGUGUUUGAAUGGUGAAUUUAACAGGUAUUACAAUUCUUUUAAUUUAUUUAUUUUUUUUUAGUUACUUAAAGAUGAUCACUGUACUACUCAGACAAAGCAAAACCUUCUCGGCUUAACGCCACAGUUAACAGCAAAUGUUAAAUGCCAGUGAAGUUUUACUCAUUAGCUAAAUGAUCUUCAGCAUGUUCCUUGAAUCUCAACGAAUUAGAAUCUAAUUGAAAAAUGUUUUUAAAUCAGUUUCAAAAAAUGAAACCACAUAUUUUCCAGAUUUGCCAUUAACAGAGGGAAAUAUAUCAAGUAUUGAUUUCUGUUUGUUUUAUUGAUUAUGGUUCACAGCUUAUUUUAAACCAUAAUUCAGUUUUGACUUUUAACUAGAAAAAAAAAAGGAUGAACCAUUGGGCCACAGUCCAGUCAUUUCUGUCUUUAGCCGACAUAAGACACCUAUAACAUAGCUUCUGGCUCCUUUUUAAACUCUGACACCUUGGGAAUCCUCCCUUCCCCCUACAUUUGCUAUAUUUUGUACAUCAUGUUUUCUUUUCACUCAAUUUUUCAUUAAUUUGCGUGGACAUUACUAUCCGAACAGCCAGCUUGCAACGUUUUAUUUAUCAUUUCUAAGUAAUAUUCUGAUUUAUUUAGAAACUAAAAGUGAGUGUUUCAUUAUCUGUAUGCCACGAUCAUUAAAAGUAACAAAA